CCUUGUCCUCCCAUAACACAGACAGAGGGACAGGAGAGGAGUCCAGAUCCGGUAUCAACAUAAACCAGCUCGAGCAGAUCAGUGGAUGAACUGUACAAGGAGUUUCCACCUCUGCUUGUCACAUGUGCUCACUGUAGUUGGGGAAAGUCAGACUGAGCGUGAGCAUCCAGCGGCCAAGUGGCUGGUCACUCCUGGACCAUGAAGCUUAGCGUGGCGUUGUUUUUUGCAGGGCUCUUCGGGGCGUUGGCAACUGUGUUCAUCCUCCUCUCGUUUGGAACUGAUUACUGGCUGCUGGCCUCAGAGAGUUGCCACCCGAACCCGGACGGAUCUGUUGGCCCGGGUGGUGUGACCAUAGAGCGUGGAGAUGUGGUAAUGCAGGAGGGCACUGGUGAUAUCACUCUAUACCAUGAAGGUUUUUUCUGGAGGUGUUCGUUUGGAGGCAACGCGGGUGAUGACAACCUGAUGUGGAACCUCUGGUUCACAAAUCAGCCUCACUCAAAAGUUUGCAUGCACGCCUACCUCUUCCCAUUCCCUGUGUCUCAUCAGACCCACAAUGCCACAGAGUAUGAUACGGCCAUAAUCUACAGAGGCUUCUGGAGCAUCUUCAUGCUUAUCGGUGUGGCAGCUGUAGUGCUCGGUGGGUUCUUCAUCAUCUGUGCUGCUCCGUUCGCCAGCCACCGGUUGUAUAAAGCAGGGGGAGGCCUCUUCCUGGCAUCUGGUCUUUUCCUGCUCUGUGUGGUGGUGAUGUACGUCCUGUGGGUGCAGGUGUUGGAUGUGGUGGAUGUCUACGUAGAACACCAGCGCGCUACAGUGUGUCCAGACUUCCAGCUGUCCCUCAACUAUGGUCUGUCCUUCAUGUUUGCCCCCAUCGGCAUCUUCUUCUGUCUCCUGGCCGGCCUUCUUUUCCUCCUCAUUGGCCGAACCAUCCAGAUUCAUUACCACUGACUUUAAGCAGCGGCAGGUUAGAGGAAGGGUGGGGGCUUGAGAUGGUUGGAGUGUUUUUAGUUUGUUCCAGGAUAAAAUCAUUGCAACCACUGCUCAGUUCAGAAAUGGCAUCAUAAUCACUCCAGCCUGAGCUACUUCCAAUUGAGCUACGUCAUAGUACACACAGUUCUGUGCUAUUCUCAAUAAGCCUGCACCAACAGUAUAAAUACCUGUGGUGCGUAACACUGUGGUUUGAAUCUUGUGUGUUUAUGGUUGUGAGGGUUGUGAGUGUAUGUUCAGAAAAUUCAAAAUUCAUGAAAUGUUGAUGAACAAUUGUGUUUAAUUGGAGCAUUUUUUUGUUUGCUUGAGAACAAGUUAUUCUAAUAUAUCUUAUGCUUUGUGUAGCGUUUAAAAAAUAAUCUUAACAAAGUGCUAAAUAUGUUCCUGAAAGAGCACCAUAUUUCUUUCUCAAACAGGAUAGCACAUUUGUUGGGGGACUAUAUUUAGCUGCAGCCUAAUACUCAUUUCAUAUUCCGCUGAGUCAGCAGCAAGGCAUAUUUGUAUCAACUCAGUAUUAUCUGCACCACGCUGUGUCAGCGCUAAAGAAAGGCCUGGCACCGCACAUUGUCAUUCUGUUGUAAUAGGAAAAAAAACACUCUGGAUUGUUAUUAUUUUUUAAAACCAAUCAAAGUCAUCCUGGGCUUUGCGUCGCCCAAGAUGGAGCAACGGUGUCCUCGCAAAAUAGAUGUUGCAGAAAGCAGAAGGGGAGGGGAAUGCUGGCUGGCAUAGGUCAGGCUCAUAAACACUCUUCACCUGGUGAGUCAGACUAAAUCAGUAUGAACUGAAAGCUAUACUAUAUGUUCAUUGUAAUAAAGGAACAUGUCAAAGGCUUUUUUGGGGACGUUUUUCCUUAUCUGAAGCAAGGUAAAAAAACUGCGAAACUGUGCUGUUUUUAGUUUUUUACUGUUUAACCAGUUUCUUUGUUCAGCACAGCUUAUUCUUUUUAGAAUUUGAGGUUUGAAUUAUUAUUUAUUUUCAUGUUGAGAGUAUGUAACUGUUUUAUGUUCAUGUUGUUGGGUUUUUGUCUUCUGUUUCUUCUAAGCGUGAGAUUCUGACACCAUAUAUGUCCACAAAAAUGCUUUUUUUUCCUGUUUUCUGUCUGCUAAUAAAAAUGAUG